UAAAGUUUGUUUUUUCUAUAUAUGUUCUGACAUCUGGGCCGUCAAAUGAUGGACGGUUGUCGGUGCCGCUAGAUUUUAAAUUCAUUGGUACGUUAAAUUGCUUGCCCACAAACCCUAAUGAAGCCCUAGAUUGCAGAGGGCUUUGAGAGGGAUGCGGCAAGAGGCGCCUGGCACGACAAGCGCGGGACGGCGCUGCUGAUCUUCUCGGCGCUGCGAUUUCAGCGAUGGCCGACAUGCUGGCAUCUGGACCAUCUGGUGGCCUCUUCCGAGAGACUUCCAUAAUUUCCGUGGAGCUUGAAUCGGGAGAAGUCUACAUAGUCGCCAGCCUCGCGAGUAGAAGGGACACUCAACUUAUUUAUGUCGAUCCUACCUCCGGAGCUCUUCGGUACACUUUCCAGGACCAGUUUGACAACUUCCAGACCGACUCGGAGGCUAUCAAGUUCGUGACGGCGGGUUCGCGAUGGCUGAUCAAGAACAAAGUUUACGCGCGGGCAAUACUCGGAUACGCAGUCUAUGGCUGCGUUGGGCUGCUCGUGCUGGCCACCAAAGUUCGAGCUUCCAUCAAGGAUAUGCCUGGAGGUGACACAGUCUACACUGUUAUGGAGAGCCAGUGGGUGAAGAUCCCGCUCAGGAAUCCUCAGCCUCAGUCGAAAGCCGAGCUGAAGAAUGCGAGCGACUUGCUGGACAUCGCCAUCGACGGAAUGCACUUCUACUGCGAGACGAGAGACGUCACCAGGCCGUUUCCCAGUGACAUCUCCGUGCACGAUCCGGACCUCGAGUUUGCGUGGAACGUUUGGUUGACAUCGCCUUUCAAAGACAUCGGACUUCACCAUCACUGUGUAGUCCUUUUGCAGGGUCUUGCAGAUAGUCGGACGUUUGUCGAUGCCAAAGGGCAGUAUGCAACUGUAGCAAUAACAGCGAGGAGGAGUCGUCUACAUCCUGGAACUCGCUAUCUAGCACGCGGGCUUAAUGCUGCGUAUAGCACUGGUAACGAGGUCGAGUGUGAGCAACUCAUUUGGCAACCUGGAGCUUCUCCUGGGCCAGUUCCGUUUAGCACAUACUUGUGGAGACGAGGCACAAUACCGAUAUGGUGGGGCGCCGAGAUAAAAUCAACAGUCUCAGAGGCCGAAAUCUAUAUCGCUGAGACGGAUACAUACAAGGGGUCGGCACACUAUUUCAAGAGGCUUCUUUACAGAUAUGGCCAGAUCGGCGAUAAGAAUCCCGUUCCUAUCGUCUGCGUCAACCUUCUCAGGGGAGCUCUAGGAAAGUCGGAGGUUCCAUUGCUUCAACACUUCCAAGAUUGCGUCGAUCAGCUAAACUCGAGAAAGGAGAUACCCGAAGCAAAGCUGUGGCUAUUGAACUACGACUGGCAUGCAAACAUAAAGCUGAUAGGCGAUGCCCGGACCGUGGAUGGUCUAUGGCAAUUACUCCAGGCUCCAACAAUGGACGUAGGCUUUAAGCUGGGGACUUACGUUCCUACUGCUGACAAGAGCCGGGCCUCUAUCACUCCCGGGGUCCGAGGUGGAGGAUGGAGGAUAACAGACAGGCAACGGGGCAUUAUUCGUUUCAACUGCGCUGAUUCUUUGGAUAGAACAAACGCGGCUAGUUUUUUUGGAGCUGUACAGGUUUUUUCGGAGCAGUGUAGAAGACUCGGAAUAGAUUUAGAUUCGGACAGGUCCAUCCAGCCUCAGAUAUCGAGUUCGAGAGUAUCGCUUGGCCCGCUCCCUCCUGGCUGGGAGAAGAGGAAAGAUGCAGUCACAGGACAGGUGUUUUAUAUCGACCACAACACUCGGACUACUACCUGGGACCAUCCGUGUCCCGACGAGUCAUGGCGGAGAUUCAGCAUGACCGCAGACGAGUUCAAGCUGGCCACUUUAGGUGCUCCUGUGUCGAUGAUGGCGGAGCUUUUCCUUCUCGCAGGCGACAUACAUGCGAUGCUUUACACCGGGUCUAAGGCAAUGCACAGUCACAUUCUUCAAAUUUUUAGCGAAGACGCAGCCAAGGCUAAACGAACCGGAGCCGCUCAGAACGUGGCAAUAACGCUCCAGCGGAGAUAUUUGAACGUGCUCGUGGAUAACACACGGCAAAAGCAGCUCGAGAUGUUUCUGGGAAUGCAUCGAUAUCAGCAUUUUCCUUCCAUACCGGAGAGGCCCAUUCAGAUACUUUCAAGAUCGUACGCAUUCUUGCUGAAGCCAGUGCCUAGUGCCUUCCCCAGUCUUUAUAUCCCCGACUCGCUCAUUAACGUGAAACAUAAAGACUUGAUAUGGGUCUGCCCUUCAGCUGCAGAAUUUGUGCAGUUUUAUAUUUUUCUUUCAGAACCUUGUCACGUAUGCCAACUCCUGUUAACUGUUGGCCAUGGAAUGGAGGAUAUGUCAUCCCCAACGUCUUUUGAUGUUCGAACUGGACGUCAGAUUGAUGAAAUGAAGCUAGUUCUAGAGGGAGCAAACAUACCUCGCUGUGCUGCUGGAACGACGCUAUUGUAUUCCCUUCCAGGUGCGAUAAAUCCGGAAGAAGGAGCUAUCACUGGUGCAGGACAUUUCCCUUGGCUUUACGACUACGAAGAACAAGAGGGUGAAGUCGACUUCUUGACGCGCUUUGUGGCCGUCACAUUUUAUCCUGCAGCACCAGGCGUUCCUAUCACUCUUGGAGAGGUUGAAGUUCUAGGAAUCCCUCUCUUUCGGAAUAGCAUCUGGAACAACAGAGUGACACCUGAAAGCUCCGGGAAUGAAACUCCCGGCUUCAUUGACAGUUCACCAUCACCUGGUAGCGCAAACUAUGGGUUUGAUUUACUCACUGGCGACAUCGCUAUGCCUCCGCCACCCCCCGCCGCGAGGCUGCAAAAGGCAGCCUCUACAAGAUUCGUACAAGCCGGAGACAUGGCCGCACAACAGUAUAGAGAGCAUCUCCACCAGUUCUGUGGUGGUAACUUGGCAAAGAAUUUCAAUUACACGGAAGCUAUGGAGCUGGAAAUCAUACGCCUCCGCCUCGGCCUCUCGGCAGCCAUGAGGGACCGAGUGCUCUUGGAUUCCGGAAAAGACCCCGCGCUUCUAAAUCCCAAUGGACUUGUGAGUCCGGCCAACUUGACUUCUCUCCGGCAGGCAGCAGUCCAGCUCGCGAUACUGAGCCAAGUUAUCACCGAAGACGAGGAGCUCCGAGCCAUCGGGUUGGUCCCUCCCAGCCAGAGAGGCGGCGAUCCAUACAGCAGGGACCAAGCGACGUGCUCUCACGCCGACUGCGAGGUGGUGAUGAUGAGAAAAGGAAGCAUGGUCCAGGGCGCGUCGACGGUGACGACCAUCUCUUCGUGCAACUCCUGCAACAAGAAAGUUUGCGGAUCCUGUGUGGCUGGCAGAGGGACUGCUCUCGUAGGAAACUUGCAGCAGGCUGUGCUGGGAGGCAGUGCCGCACAGGGUGUUGUCCGCGGCCGGGCUUCUCUGGACGCUGCGCUUUGCAAGAAAUGCGUCCAUCCUCUGGUGCACCAGGCGAUACUUCUCUACACGCUGAGGCAGCUGCUCUACGCGCACAAGAAGAAGCGCUUCAAGUCGGCGGUGCUAGCGGCUCUUCAGGACUGUAAGAUGCUGGGCAGCUCUAAAGAUGGUGGCAUUCCCAACGUCAAGAACUUGCUGCGAGGAGAGACGUCUCUGGCGGAGUAUCCGGAAUCCACACUUCUUUUCUCGGUCCAUUCCGAUAGAGGAUCCGAGCCAGCCACAUCGCUCAUAAGCACGCGAUCCAGCUUCAACACUAUGUCAUACUGGAGGGCUCCGCCAGGACUGCCGAGCGUCGAAUUCAGCAUCGUUCUUGGCCAGCCUUCUUCCGUUACUGGCAUCAUUUUGCUCGUGAGCCCGUGUGGUUACACAGCCCAGGAUGCUCCAACGGUUGAUAUAUGGUGUGGAAGCGUUGUCACGGAAACCGAGCGUGUUUACGCUGGAAGGUGGGAGUUUGGUUCCGCCGGAGGCACUCCACAGCAGCAGCUUAUCGGACCAGAGAGAGACCCGGCCAACCCUCGGCAUAUGGUCUUUAGAUUCCGGAGUCCCGUGAAGUGCCGGCUUGUAUGGCUCAGGCUCUCGCUUCCCAACGCGGCAAACAUGGCUCGUCCUUCAUCCGCAGCAACCUUGACGCAGUCUUUCGAUCUUCUCAGCUUUGAUAACCCCGUCCAACCUCAGAAUGGAAGACUGGGCCAGAGGUUGGGCUCUGCACAGGCUGCAGCUACGCCUCGGUUGCACGCCAGAAGAAUCAUCGUUACUGGUCGGAAGGUACUGGAUGAUCCGGAGGUGGUAGCGAGUCCACAAGCACCGGAGAAGAGUGCUUGGAAGAGCAUGCUGGAGACGCCUGCUCGAUAUGGACGGCUCAAGGUCCAAGUUGAUGGAGAACGGCUCAGUGAAAGCGGAAGGGUGAUAGAGCAGAUGAUCUCUUCUACUGUCCCAAACGUUGCGGGCUUCCGACUGGACGCUCUUGUCGCACUUCGAAACAUUGCGAAGCAGAACUUCGUCAGCAGCCAGCCAAAGUCGCUGGAUGCUGCGCUGGAUUCCAUGGACGAGUUCCUCAUCAGCCCGGCCGUGCUUAGCAUCCGUGUCACUGCUCUCCAGGUAAAACUCUACGAAUUGUUGCAGAGCGUUCUAACCUCCUAUCUUUUCUUCCUUCGCAGAGCUCGUCAGAUCGAUGUGUCCCAGUCGCGAACUACAUUCUGCCAAUGGCCAGAGUUGGCACCCCGCUCUACUUCGACUUCCCCAUGCCGAUCGAGGCCAGAGCUCUCUACUUCGAGCUCACCGGCAACAUCUCCGUCUUCAUGGAGGAAGAACCAGAGACCGACGCUAAAGAGGUUCCACUCCCAGCGGGCCUCUCGCUUUCCAACAAGAUCCGACUGUACCGCUACGCUCUCGCCGUGGAACUUGGAAAGUGGCCGCAGCUCUACGCGAUCUAAGUAGAGAUUUUUCCCAUAGCCGAGCGAAGGACGGAAGUUUUCCACCCCCUGUGAAGCUAGCCGCUUCUACUGUUUGUGCGAUAUAAAGUUUUCGUUUUUCUUGAAUGUAAGCUCUUGUUGAUA